UCAAUCCUAGCCACAAGCUCUCCCGGGGCUGAGGAUGACUCCCCACUCCGGGCUCCUCCGGCGGCUCCGCAUCGGCCGUCGACCAAAACCCGCCCUGCUAAAUACUCGCUCGCUACAGCUCUCCUCGCAAUUACUAAAUUAACAGCUCCGUUAGCACGAGCUGCGGGGAGGGAGUUGGGAGGAGAAACAGAGGUGCCGGGGCGAUGGGAACCGUGCUCGAUUCGCACUUCCUGGCGCUCACCGCCAUCGUUACUGUGGGGUACCAGCUGCUGUUCUUCAUCAUCACAGCUCUCCUCCGGUUCGAUAAGGUCACGGAUUUCGCAGGCAGUACAAAUUUUGUCAUAAUCGCCAUCCUAACAUUAGUUUUGAAGGGAGCAUGGCAUUUUCGUCAGAUUGUGCUGACAGUGCUUGUUACCAUUUGGGGUCUUCGCCUAGGACUAUUUUUAUUGAUGAGGAUUCUGCAAUGGGGUGAAGACCGACGGUUUGACGAAAUGCGUGAUAAUUUGGGGAAAUUAGCAUUUUUCUGGAUUUUCCAGGCUGUUUGGGUUUGGACUGUCAGCUUGCCUGUCACUGUUGUGAAUGCAAGUGACAGAAACCCCUCGAUUGAAGCCAGGGACAUAAUCGGUUGGAUAAUGUGGUUGGUUGGGAUAUGUGUAGAAGCAACAGCUGAUCAGCAGAAGCUUGUGUUCAAGAAUUCUCCAAGUAAUAGGGGAAAGUGGUGUAACGUUGGUCUUUGGAAGUAUUCUCGCCACCCGAAUUACUUUGGGGAGAUGUUCCUUUGGUGGGGAAUAUUUGUAGCAUCAACCCCAGUUCUCUCAGAUGCUGAAUGGCUUGUGAUUCUUGGACCUAUAUUCCUGACUCUUCUGCUUCUUUUUGUUAGUGGAAUCCCACUCCUUGAGUCAUCUGCUGAUAAGCGCUAUGGACGAAUGGAGGAAUACCGUGUAUACAAGAACACUACAAGCCCUCUUAUCCCAUUGCCACCAGCCGUGUACGGUUCCCUGCCUGCAUGGUUCAAGGUUGCCUUCCUCCUUGAGCUCCCCCUCUACAAUCCUGGGCCAGGAGCUGAUCCAAUCAAACUACGGUGAGCCCAUUGAUGGGUCAGCCUGAUAUUUGUGUUGUUAUUGUGUACUGGGCAAUUGUUUCCCCUUCGAUUCCAAGGGUUGACAAUGGAGUCUGGCCCCUAUUUAUCACUCAUGAGGCUCAAGCAUGUAUAUUGUUGGUUAAAAGUUAGAAUUUCUUUUGUUGCACUCCUUGUCUCCAUGUGCAGAUCAGUAGUCAGUAGAUGAUCAUGCGAACUGAACUUUGAACCGAUACUAGGAGUGUCUCAAUUUGGUAGUAUUCGUUAUGCAGACACGGUAUUUUUGUAUCUUACAUUCUUAGUUAGUACCAGGACUGAACCUUUUAAA